UUUUAAGCCUGUCGCCUCUUGCCCCCUUCACCUGCUCUGGGGCCGGGGCCGGGGCCGGGGCCACCGCUGCACCGGGUGCCCGGCGAGGCGCUGCCCACUCCUGCUCAGGAUGUCCGUUCUUUCAGGAAAGCCCAAAGUGUAUCAAGGUGUUAGAGUAAAGAUUACAGUUAAGGAGUUACUGCAGCAGAGGAGAGCACAACAAGCAGCAAACAGCUCAGCGGUUUCUUGGGGCGGCAGCAGCAUCCAGUUUUCAGAGUCUGUGUCUCCUCCUCACCCAGCGCCUUUUGACACAGAGUCCAUCUGUUCUGUUCCCAACUAUUGUCCAUCAUGGCAGUUUUCAAAUUGCCUCUCCUGCGAAGAAAGCCCUAGCUAUUUGGAGCAGCUGGUGGAUUCCUGUCUUCAGACAGAUGCGCCCUUAGACUCAGCCUUCAGUGCUUUCCAGACGUCCUCGCAUCACACCUCAGAUGCCUUCCAGCCAGCUCCGCUCUGCUUUAACCAAGGCCUGGCUGCCGGAUCCCCCAGUUCAGCUGACCUGUCCAGCCCAUUCAACUAUAGCUGCUCUCCUCCUCAGCUAUCUCCUUUCACUCCGCUGACCCACAGCCCACCCUCUGCCCUGGACACCAAGACCUGUGGCUACCCUGCAGAGGAGUGGUCCUGCCAUACCCCCUCCCCAUGCACCACCUCCACCUGCUGCUGCACAGCCUGUGGCUCCCAGCACGUGGACAACAGGGUCCCGCAGUACUUCCCCUGCCCCAGCACGGACUGCAUGGACUACCUGCCGCCUGUGGCCACGGCCGAGGACUUCUUCAGAAGGGAUAGGAACUGUGACAUCUGCUACAGCUAAUGGGACUGUGGUUUUGCACAUCCAUUGUAUCCAAAUCAGAUUAACUGCCCAUGAACCACACAAAGUUGCGCUGCCUAACACAAUCCAGUUUAUUAUUCACUACAUUUUCUACAUGAUGCUGUCACUACAUUAGUCCUCCCGUCUUGUAUGGUCAGGAGCGUUUUGUCGUGGUGGUGGUGGUGGUUUGGGGUUU